GGGGUUUUUGUGUGAAUGGAUGGGAUCCACACUCAGUCGGCAGAUUUGGCUGGAUAUUUGGGCCCAGCUCCCUCAGCAGGGAAACGCUCCAGAGCCCGAAGCACGGCCAUGGCCCCGCUCCAGGCGCUCUCUGUGCUCCCGAGGGGCCCAGCCCUGUGCCCAGCGCUCCAGCACCCGCGGCACCGGUUUCCCGCCGGGACGGCGCACAACACGCCCACAUCAAAGAUGGCGGCGGAGGCGUCACCCGCCGGGCAUAACGGGCGGGAGCCAGUCCGGGCGGAAGCGAGUUUGGGCGGAAGUGGGUCCGUCCCGAAUUGGGUCCCCCGCGGGCGGAUGCGCAGGGCCUGGCGGCGCGGCGGGAUGGAGGCCGGCGGCCACGGGCAGGAGGCCGAGGCGGGCGGCCAUGGCGGCCACAAGAAGAAACACAAGAAGCACAAGAAAAAGCACAAGAAACGGCACCACCACGAGGCCGGGCCGCCCCCGGGGCCCGAACCCCCUCGGCAGCCCCGGCUGCGGCUCCGGAUUAAGCUGGGAGGGCAGAUCCUGGGCACCAAGAGCGUCCCCACGUUCACGGUGGUCCCCGAGGGGCCGCACUCGCCGUCCCCGCUGCUGGCAGGGGACGAGGAGGAGCCCAGCGUCCCCAUCGAGCAGUACCGGGCAUGGCUGGACGAGGACAGCAACCUGGCCCCCUCCCCACUGCCCGAGCUGGACCCCGAGAGCUGCUUCCCCCCCCGUGAGGAGGGGGAGGAGGAGGAGGAGGAAGAGGAGGAGGAAGAGGAGGAGGAGGAGCGGCGCUGGCUGGCGGCCCUCGAGAGGGGGGAGCUGGAUGACAACGGCGACAUCAAGAGGGAGGUGGACGAGUCCCUGCUGACAGCCCGGCAGCGCGCGCUGCUGCACAAGCAGCAGAGCCAGCCCCUGCUGCAGCUGCCCAUGGGCGCCAAGGCCAAGGAGGUGACGGAGGAGAUGCGGGAGAAGCGGGAGGAGCGGGCGCGGCGCCGGCGGCUGCAGGCGGCCCGCAAGGCCGAGGAGAGCAAGAACCAGACCAUCGAGCGCCUGACGCGCACAAACAAGGCCAAGGUGAGGGCCCUGCGCGAGCGCCGCGCCCGGCCCCGGCCCUGCGCCGUGGUGCACUACCGCAGCGCCGCCGACGGCGUCACCGUGUCCUUCCCCGCCGGGCUGCCGCCGCCGUAC